UGGUUCCUUCAUCCUUCUUCCUCAUUUCCUCUCUCCCGAUUCUGCGUUUCAUCUAAACCCUCUUUCUCUCUCUCUUUCUCUCUUUCUCUGUCUCAUCUCAUCAGAUCGAACCUUAACCCAAGAUUAUGGUCGAACCCACUUACACAUAAAGCCCCCACUCCGCUAACCUUCAGGGACCGCCUCUUACGAGCCACACCCCACCAACCUUAACCAGCUCCAAGUAAAGUAAGCUUCUUUCUAGCUUGGACAUUGAAGGUGUGAUGGGGGAAGAGACUUCCGAUGCAAUGAACCUUGAUUUGAAUCUGGGUCCAGGUCCGGAGCCUGCAACUGGGACCAUAAGCAAUGAAGGUAUGAACUUGGAUGAUUGGAUUGGGGAGCCUAUUCAUAGAAUCAGUGAAGCUGUAAGGCUUAGGGCGAGACAGAGGUGGAGAUGGCGGCACCUUCCAAUCCUUCCACCUGAAGUUCAUGUUCACAUUCCAACACCCGAAGCACCGGGGCAUUUUCAUAUCCCGCCUGAAGCUCAAAAUAUCUCGAUGGAAUUGAACCAGUUUUUGGUCAAUUCCGGUAAUGGAAGCAUUUUACAGGCCGGGGAAGGCAGUGUGGCGGCUGAGGAGAGAACGGAGGAGGUGCCAAAAGCAUGUGAGAACAACAAUGGUUUUACUGAGGAUGAGACAUCAGAGAAGAAGGAUGAUGUUGAAAAGGGUAGUGGCAAUGAUGGGGACUUUUUUGAUUGUAAUAUCUGUUUGGACCUGGCCAGGGAUCCUGUUGUGACUUGUUGUGGUCAUUUGUUUUGUUGGCCAUGCCUAUAUCGAUGGCUGCAUCUGCAUUCUGAUGCUAAGGAAUGUCCAGUUUGCAAGGGAGAGGUGACUCUUAAAAGUGUUACACCAAUAUAUGGCCGUGGAAACAAUGUCCGUGGCCCUGAGGAGGAUUCCACUCUUAAAAUCCCUCUCAGACCCCAUGCAAGGCGCGUUGAGAGUCUGAGACAAACCAUUCAGAGAAAUGCAUUUGCUCUCCCUGUGGAAGAGAUGAUUCGGCGUCUUGGAAGCAGAAUUGAUCUUACUAGGGAUUUAGUUCCCCCGCAUGAACCAGACAAUGCUCGUGAAACAGCAGAUAGAACUAGUUCCUUGCUAAGUAGGUUUUUGACAUCGCGAGGCUUGCGGAGAGAGCAGAAUCCUGGGACUCCCCCAGAUGAUGUAGUGGGAUUGACACAGAACAACGUUGGUAAUCCUGAGGCUGGGGAUAACCGCAGGGUGCACUCCCUUCUGCUUCGAAGAACACAAUCACAAAGGGCAACACUUACAACUCUUUCAUCAGCUCUGAAUUCUGCUGAAAGGUUAGUUGAGGCAUAUUUCCGUAGCAAUCCAUUAGGUAGAAACCAAGAACAGCCUCCAGUUGAUGACAGAGAUUCCUUUUCGAGCAUUGGUGCUGUCAUAAAUUCAGAGAGUCAAGUGGACACUGCUGUAGAAAUUGAUUCCAUGGUAUCCUUGUCAACAUCAUCUUCUAAAAGGAGAAACGAUGCUUCAAGAGCGUCCGAUGUGGAUAGUGGAGAUUCUCGUGCUCCAAGGCGUAGGCGUUUGAACUGAUAAACGUCUUCUAGAUCAAGUUAUUACUAUUCUAUCAUGUAACAAAUAUGACAAUAAUUUUCCUACACCUAUAUAAGUGCUUUUUUCUUGCUUUGGUA